CUCUUGCAUACGGAUCGCGGCAGCUAAGCCGGAGCGGAGUGUUCACAAACUAUCGUCUCGGCGGAAUAUACGAACUCGAAGCAUACUACUACACAAGGAUGUCCUACCAAGACCAGGGAUUCAAAGGCGUCGAGCAGGACCGUGGUGGCGUCGGUGACGAACUUCCGACGUACGAUGAUCUUGCGGCGAGUCAAGGGCCGAACUCGAGGUUUGGCCGCUGGCAGGGCUGGAUUGAGAAGAGAGCCGCUGAACGAUAUCAUGGCGUCACACCCGAAGAGCGCGAACGGCGGCGUCAGCGAGGAUGGGGCAACGAUCAGGAUCCUUCGUACCAAGCAACACAACAGAAUCUGGCGCCGUCCCAAGCGCCACCUCCGCCUCUCCCACCUCGCAGUAUCAAUGUACCAACGCCCAUGAUCACCCGCGAACCACCCACGCCACAACCCGCUCUGCAAAUCCGCACCGUCGAUCUCCUACGACAAGAAAGCAUAGCAGAGGCACCACCAGAAACCCCGCCCAUGCCUGCAUUGCCUUUCCUCCCGCAGCGCCUAAAGCCUUCGCAUCUCAAGAUGUUCAACUUCGGCUCGCGCUUCCUACCGCAUUCGACGGUACCCAUACGCUGCCUGCUGCCAAUCCUGUCUGACAGGCUCAUUCUUAUCGGCCAUGAUGAAGGACUGAGCGUCCUUGACCUUUAUCCUCAGCAUUGGGAUAAUGCGGGCCACAUAGUGCAGCGCGGGCCGGAUGAGGCGCAAGCGCGUACGAUUUGGACGGGUGAGGGUGUCUUCCAGAUGACUGUCUUGGAAGCGGAGAACACGGGAGAUGGUCGACCGCAGGGUGUCGUGCUUGCGCUUGUUGGGCCUCCAGCGACGCAGAACCACUCUGAGAGCGUGCGCUCGUUGCGCAUGUACAAUCUAUCCAGUCUCAUCAGUCUGGCGAAGUGGGCUGUGGCGAACAAGGUACGUUUGCCGCUUCACAUGUACGUGUCAUGCUUACUGUGUGUACAGGGCUCUAAGCCGCUUGAUCUCGCGCGCCCCUCACAUUGGAGUGCACAGUCCACGCCAACCAAGAAGCGCCACCGACCAACUAGCAGCAUCGCAAAGUCGAUUCAGAACUUUAUUGAGCGUCCGAAGCAAGACCACGCCGAGCCAAGCUCUUCUUCAUACCACAACCUGCUAUCGCCCUCCGCCACUCGUACCUCUCCCAACCCACUCACAAGCAACAAGAACGGACGCUCAAGUCCUUCACCCAGUCUGGGGAGCCUGAGGGAGGCCGUCGAGGCGAUUGAUGGGAGUCCGACCGAUCCUCAUCCGCAUUCACCGACGCGAGGGGAUAGCUGGGAUCUGGUCGACGAGCUGCCUUUGCGAUGGGCGACGGACUUUGUGCCGCUUGCAUCGCCGGGAUCGAGGCUACUCCAUGCGUCGAUUUUGUCGUACGCGUUGUGGAAGGACGAACAUCGCAAGGGCACUGGUGGGCAGCUUUUGGCAGUGUCGACGAAGUCGAAUAUUCUGCUGUAUGAGACGCCAAGGGGAGAGCGUGCAUUCCACUUUGUCAAGGAAUUCUACACCCCGCUCACCCCGCGGAGUAUCACUUUCUUCCAGCAGGCGGUCCAUGAGAUGGCACGGUCGUCUUCGGAUUCGUCGAAAUACCAUAAACAUGGGCAUGGGCGCUCAAAUAGCGGCAGCUCUAUGCAUGUCACAUCGGAGAGCCCGCGUGCGGCUCAUACUAUCGACUACGGCAUUCAUACCAGCCUGUUCGUCGUCUUCGAGAAGAAGGCCGGCUGGAUACGUCUUGCCGACUCGGCAGUGGGCGAGUGGGAGCUUUGGGACGAUCCAAGCGCGAGCGUAUCAUUGCAUUCAAAUCCCUCCGUCGCAAGCGCUGCUAGUCGACGCUCGCGAGUAUCUGUCGAUUACUCUCCUCACCACCCGAAAUGGAUUCCGCCAACACGCGUGCACCUCGAGCUAGGUGAAGGCCGUACGCAGGACUUGUACCUCCUGACAAGAGGCCUGGUCUCCCACCUCCUGCCAUGUCCCCUGCCGACACAUCCUCUUCCGCCGCUGCAUGCCAUGAUGUGGCAGUCACCGCCAGCCUCUGUUGUCGUGCGCCUUUGCGGCGUAUCCGAGUACGACGAGGGCGACGACCCCUUCCUGCAGGUCAUCGCCUCCGGCGACGACGGCGUCGAGGUGCGCGAGAUCCCGCUCGCCGCGCUCAUGACCAAGGGGAAGGGCAAAGGCAAGGCGCGACCCGUGGAAGAGCGCACCGCCUUCGAGGACCUCGGCGGCGGCGCCGCGCUCAUGUGCAGAGGUGGGCACUGGGACAAUCCCGAGCGCGCGUACUAUAGCAGCACUAUGGCGCAGGGCGGGUUCACGAGUGCGAUGUCGCCGCCGGGGCUGUCCGGCAGGCCAUCGCCCGGCGGGCUGAGGUACUCGGCGUCUAUGAGUUCGACGUCGACGUAUGGGAGUGUGGACACGGAGAUCAUGCUGCGCGACCUGAAGCGCGAGGAGGGCGUGUAUGGCGUAUGUCGGAAGGGACUGGAGGACUGGCGGGUGUUCUGGGUGGGCGGGUCGGCGAUGUAUGAAGACGACGAUGACGACGAGCCUCUGGGGGAACUCUGAGAAGCUACCUUCAAUAACGGGACACACAUAUCUACGGGAUUGGAUCUGUAUGUAAAAUACUACCUAAGCAUCGACGGACGAGCGAGCUUCCCCUCUUUAACCCACACCACUAUACCUCGAGAGUGCU